CUUAUACAUAAAUACAACUCACAGUCUUUCAUUCUUCCUCUUUCGUAAUCACAAAGCAUUUUUCAAUUUCACUCUUUUUGCCUUUUACAUAUAUAGCAGCAUUCCUCAUGGCCAAGAUCAAGAUUGCCAUAAAUGGAUUUGGAAGAAUCGGCCGCUUGGUGACAAGGGUUGCUCUACAAAGAGAUGAUAUCGAAAUAGUUGGUAUAAAUGAUCCAAACAUCGAUGCCAAGUAUAUGAUCUACAUGUUUAAGUACGAUAGUGUUCACGGUAGGUGGAAGCACCAACAUGAACUUUCGCUUAAGGACGAGAAGACCAUUCUCUUUGGUGACCACCCAGUUAGAAUUUUUGAUAGCAGGGAUCCCGCGUACAUCCCAUGGCAAGAGGUCGAUGCUGAAUUUGUGGUUGAGGCCUCUGGAAAUAUGACGGAUCAUGCCAGAGCUGCUCUCCAUAUGCAGUAUGGUGCAAGGAAGGUUGUAAUUACAGCUCCAAGUAGCGAUGCUCCUAUGUUCGUUGUAGGUGUAAAUGAGAAGGAGUACACUCCAGAUCUUAAAGUUGUUUCUAAUGCAAGCUGUGCUAUCAACUGUCUUGCUCCAUUGGCAAAGGUUAUCCAUGAGAAAUUCGGAAUUGUGGAGGGUCUAAUGACUACGGUCCACUCUAUUACUGCUUUUCAAAAAGCCGUCGAUGCACCAUGUCAGAAAGACUGGAGAGUCGGUAGAGCUGCUGGGCGCAACAUCAUUCCUAGCUCCAAUACUGCUAGGAAUGAUGUCAAGCUAGCCCUUUCUGGUGUUGGUAAAGUGCUGCCGGCACUGGAAGGGAAGCUGACAGGAAUGGCCUUCUGCAUUCCCACUGUUGAUGUUUCUGUGGUUGACCUCACUGUGAGACUUGAGAAGCAGGCUACUUAUGAUGAGAUCAAAAAUGCUAUCAAGACAGAAUCUGAGGGUAGCCUGAAAGGAAUCCUUGGAUACACUGAUGAUGAUGUGGUUUCCACCGACUUUUUAGGUGACAAUAGGUCGAGCAUUUUCGAUGCCAAGGCUGGAAUUGCUUUGAAUGACAACUUUGUCAAGCUUGUCUCUUGGUAUGAUAACGAAUGGGCUUAUAGCUCACGAGUUAUCGACUUGAUCUGUCACAUGGCCUCUGUUAGCCAAGAUGAAAGUUCAGAGGCAAAUUCUUGACAAUUGUUCACCGAAAUUUUCUGAACUGAGGAUGUUAUCUACCAUUUCUUUGACAGAAAGUAAAAAUAGCACCAAUGCUUAUGCAAUUUUAGGUUUG